AUGAGGAUCAGGUCAAAAGCACGGAAAGAGCACGAGUGGAGAACGCAUGGAACAGAGGGGACAGUAAAUGGCGCACGAUGUGGGGAACGCUCAAUUGGACCUCUGCUGCAGGCACGAAUCCGAAAAAGUCCAAAUUGCCCCCACUCAUUUGCCUUGGAUGUUGCUCCGGGUUUUUCUUUGAUCAAAAUUCAAUUGUGCGACGUUGGUUUGAACGAUCUCCAAGUCUCCGAGUCGUUUACAGAAAACUUACGGAAAGAACUUGAGGCAGAGAUAAUGAUUCAGGGCCAAGUAUGGGGGAUUGCCAAUGUUAAUGCAACCGCUAUUCCACCAGCUCAAAGCGAACAACCUCUGAAGGUUGCAUCAGUAUCAACUCAAGGAUUUGCCUGUGCCUCUAACUCGACCUGUGACCCCUCCGUCGCCAGUAAAGGAGGUUGUAGCUGCGUCGAUGGCCGUGGCGGUGGCUGGAUCUGUUGCUGGGGCAGCAUCCACGGCUGGUCGUGCGGUUGCUUCAUCUGGGGUACUGCUGUUGCAACAUCCUUGACAGCAUUGCAGCAAUCUCUUCUUCCUGUCUCAAGAUUUCUAGCUAGAAUAGCCCAACACUUGGGAGGUGGAGGCGUGGCUGGAGCGGUGGGGGCAACGAUCGUCUAUCCGCUAGAUACCAUCAAAACUCGAAUGCAAGCUCAGAACCUGGAUGGUGACGAACUUCAAUACAAAGAUGAGAUUGAUUGCUUUAAGCAGCUUGUUAUUAAGGAAGGGCCAGCGUCUCUCUACAGCGGUCUGGUACCGCAACUCUUGGGCAUAGCUCCUGAGAAGGCUAUGAAGCUGACAGUAAAUGAGGCAUUGUUGAGUAGCCUUGAAACAAUGAUGCCUGGUUCACGUUUAUGGGCGUUGGAAUUUAUCGCUGGAGGGGGUGGAGGUGCUUCUCAGGUGGUAUUCACAAACCCUAUGGAAAUUGUUAAAGUUCGACCUCAGACUCAAGAAGAGGGUGCACCAAAGAAAUCCUUCUGGUCUAUCGUGAAAGAACUCGGAGUCACCGGUCUUUACGAAGGUGCAAGUGUUGCCCUAGCCCGUGAUGUUCCAAGCUCCGCCAUCUUCUUUGCUACUUACACACUGUUACGUCAACUCUACACUGAACAAAGUUUUCUUGCUGGAGCCAUCGCUGCUAUACCUGCCACUAUUUUGGUCACUCCUAUGGAUAUCAUAAAAACUAGACUUCAGAAAGAACCUGCACCAGGAGAGCCACUAUAUGCUGACUGGUGGGAAUGCUUGCAAGAUAUUGUAAAUAAAGCGGGACCGCAAGCACUUUUCAAAGGCAGCCUACUGCAUGUUCUACGAACAAGUCCUCAGUUUGGUAUCACACUGAUGCUUUAUGAGAUCUUGUGCGACAGGUCAUGAGCUCGUGAACUCUGGCCUCAAAAGGUUUGAUAGUUAAAUUACUGUCCUAUUCAUUCAUCUAUGCAAUUACGACUAUGGGAACCUCCCCGGCUAUGGAAUCCUUGAAACUUACUGCACCUGAACAUACAAAUACAGAGGUGACUGACCAAGUGCCUCGUGUGCCAUAUGGUAGGAACUGUCUAUUGUAGUUUAACCCAUUUGAAAAACAUCAAAGGAUCCUUUUGAUUAGAGUGCUGACCCUUGAUAGUGGCCUGUACCCCAAUUCUUCUGUGCACUAUUCCUCCACUUCGGAAACCAUUUGUAAUUUUUUUCGGAUAAAGUCACACUCGUCUUGCGCUUCGGUUUCAUCCA